AUGGACCAUUCAGAGACUGCUAGCGACACUUUGGGAAACACCACGAGUACCCAGGAGCUAACCCCGGAGCAACAUCAACGAAUAUUCCUUAAUGAUUUGCCUGACGAGGUUUUGAUUCACACCUUUUCACAAUUAGAACCAUUAACGUUGAACGGUUUACGACUAGUCUGCAAGAAAUGGAAUCACAUAAUCAACGAUAAGGAAACCUGGACCAAGCUGUUUUGCAAAAGAUUUGGCAUUCCGCCAUCAGCAUCGUCAUUUCCAAGUGUUACACAUGGAUCGAAUUGGAUGAGAGAGUAUUUUGCGAGGCUACAAGUAAUACGUAAUUGGAAAAGAGGUGUAUCGACUCAUCAGACUUAUCGAAUGGCAAAUAGUGAACUCCGAAUAGGUGGCCUGACAUUGUGUGAUUUCAAGAUGAAUAAGCUUGCUGUGUUUGACCAAAUACUGGGGAAUAUCAGUAUUGGCAAUCUUGAUAGUGGGAAAACCCAAAGCUUUAUCCCAGGAAUGAUGAACAUGGAUAUAUUGAGCUAUGAUAUGAAUUUCAAUUACCUAGUGAUGGGGAAGAAGAAUGGAGGUAUUGUUGUCAAGAAUUUGAUCAUCAGCACUUCAUUAAGUCAAAGAGAUAGUGUGACUAAUUUUGAUAUGGGAGAUGAUGAACGGAGUCUGGUUACAAGUGUGGUCAUAAACUCAAAUGUGGAUAAGAACGGAGGUACUAUCGAUGUUCUCAGUGGGCUGCUUGAUGGGCAUGUACGGUGUUGGACUUUGCAUGGCAAACUCAGGAGCAAAAUGAGGUUGGAUGGCCCUGUUAUAAACAUGAAGUCCGACUUCACCAAACACAUCAUCGUGAACACUACAACAUCAGUUUACGUUUUGAAGCUUGAAAAUUUGGAGGUUUGGGCGCAUGCGAAUUUGGAUAUCCCUGUAUGCAACGAGGAGGCAAUACAUGUUGAACAGCUUGUUAAUCACAAAAACUCUUUUGAUGUUGAUUUCGGUGGAGAAAGCAUAAUCAUAACCCAUGGGAAGAGUGUUCGUGUUUAUGAUUUCCAUUGUGCAGGGAUACGAAAAUUAGAUUUUGAAAACGAAGCAAUCAUCUUGACCCAGCUUCAGACAGUAGCCAAAAGCAAUUUGCAUAAUGUGAAUGCAAACGUUGUUGGUGGCGGUGGGCUAGUUUGUGGAAGUCUUCUAAGUGACGGGAGUAUUGUCAUUUGGAAUGUUCGUGAAGUGUCCACCCACACGAUAGAGCCACUACUACGCUUCAAUCCAGAAUUGAAUCAUAAAAAGAUUCUGGGUCGAAUACACAACGCUGUGUCGAAUGGGCAACUACUAGGUGUUACUACUUUUGCUUUGAAUGCAUCGGUAGUGGCAGUGGCGGGAUACAAUGGGUUGACGUGCAUCUAUGAUAUCUUUACAGGCAAAUUCUUGAGAGAAGUUUCAAUCAAGUUUCCCAGAAGGUUUGAUAGUAUGCAACAUUUUCCGAAAAUGGUUGAACUAGUCCAACUCAAUCCGGACCAGCAAGACACUAAUGGUGUGAUAGUUUGUGGGGAUGUGAUACAAUACUUUGAGUUUGGCAAGAUAAGUAGCAAGAAAGCUGGUGUGGGUUCAAAGAAGGCAAAGCAAGUAAACAUAGGAUCACAUGGGAAGCAUGAGUCAAAGAAGAAAAUCAAAGAUGGGAUGAAUGAGUAUCAUCGACAGUUGCAUGUACGGAAUCAGACUGAGCAGCUUUUUGAUAGAUACAAUGGAACUGAAUUUGAUGAUGAAGAAGAGGAGAUGAGAAUAGCAUUGGCCAUGAGUGAAAAUAUAUAUACCAACAGGUCAAGCCAAAUAGACGUGGCACCAGAUGGCAACAGUGAUACUGCUCAGGACCUCAACUUAGCUUUGGAGCUUUCAAGAGCUGAUGCUUACACUUCGGAAUUGCCAGUGGAGACUGGUAAUCCAGUUGAAGAAGACAGUGAGGUUGACGAGGAAUUGAAACGUGCAUUAGAAUUGUCAUUAAUAGAGCAUUGA